CGACUGGUGCAGUGUUGUCAACUGUUGUCAUGCAUUGUUCCCCGUCCACAACAGAUUGUCAUCAUUACCCAGCGGCUGAUGCAGAGAGAGGAGCUCUUUAGGCAGUGUCCUGGAACAAAUGGUGCCAUGUCAGAGUCUCUUAGAGAAAAUAUCAUGUCGAAAUCAUCCGCAUCUAAAGGAGAGAUGUCGAGCGGCGUGAGACGCCACGGUGCUUCUCAGUUUCUGGGGAAGAAGUUUGCAGAUGCCAGCCGCCUUGUGGUAGCCAGCAAUGCCUGGGCGAGAACCAUUCCAACAAGAAACUGUGACAUUCUUGUUACCUUCCCACCCAAAACUGACGACGACACCCUCAUGUGGUUCCUGUCUCGUCUCAGGUCAAGGACACCGAAAAUAUCUGUCCAUGUUCGUCACCAUGGUAACACAGGGGUAUACGGCUUCUACAUGACAGCAAGCUAUGACAACCUGCUACGGGCAGCUGAAGACUUGGCCAUCAAGAAGUUGUUGAAGGAGGAGUUUGGGGGAGGAAUGCAGGAUUUCCAGUUUAAGGACAAGGCAUUUCAAAGAUUUUUCAAAGAUUUCGAAGACGAGCGUGCCUUCUUUACCAGUGAAGAGCGUCAGUAUAUCCUCAGAAACAUGCUCAAUGACCUCAGGGCGGAGAAAGGGGAAGAACUUGGCAAGGUCAAGUUCCUAGAGGGCCAAUCAAUAGUGCCUUUGUUGCAUUCCAAAGGGAUCAUAUCUCAGGUUCUUCCCCUUCACAACAGCGAUGACCUCUCCCAUCUACGCAAGACCUGGGUACAGGCUGUCUUCAGGUUUCAACCGCUAGAGAAAGUAUGUGAAUAUUUCGGUGUGAAGAUAGCCAUGUACUUUGCCUAUCUCGGUCACUACACUACAGCCUUAUGCCUGCCUGCCCUGGUUGGUCUGCUGGUCUGGUUUGCUCAUGGUAGAGAUCAGUUUAUUGAUGACCUAUGUUUUGUGGGCUUUGCUCUGUUCAAUGUUGUCUGGGCAACCCUAUAUCUGGAGGAUUGGAAGCGAAAAAGUGCUGAACUUGCCUUCAAGUGGGGAACAUUGGACAAAAAGGAUGAGCUCUUAGAGGACCCAAGGCCACUUUUUACGGGUUAUUUGAUCACCAGCCCAGUGACAGGAAGACAGGAGCCAUACUAUCCGGCGUGGAAGCGUAACAUUUUCCGCUAUUUUGUCAGCAUUCCAGUCAUGUUAUUCUGCCUGUGUGUCGUCUUCAUCACCAUGUUGCUGAUCUUCCAAAUCCAGGAGUGGGUGAACUGCCUGAUUAUGGAGGAACACCUGCCAAAGUUUGCCAAGUUCCUGCCCAAAAUUUUACUGGCUGUCUCCAUUGGUAUCCUUGAUGAUAUAUAUAAAAAGAUUGCCCGCUGGCUGAAUGACAAAGAAAAUUACAGGAUGGAGGAAGCUUAUGAGAACCAUCUUAUCAUCAAACUUGUAUUGUUCCAGUUUGUGAAUUCGUUCCUGUCAUUAUUUUAUAUUGCCUUUUACCUCAGAGAUAUGCGGCGACUAAAAGAACAACUGGCAGCGCUGCUUAUCACCAAGCAAGUGAUAGGUAACAUCAAAGAAGCCUUUCUUCCCUGGGUAGUGUGGAAGAUGAAACUUCUAAAGACAGGCUACAAGAUCAACAAGAAGGUGAAUGCAGCUGAAAAAAAGGCAGAUAUCUCACCGCCAGACUGUGUGGAAGAAAUGGAAACUUCUGAUGGGAUUGACCCUUCCCUAGAUACGACCUCUGACCUCAGCUCUAAACAUGUUGCCAGUGAACUGCAGGUGGAAAGAAGCACGGUUGGUUUGACACAGGCAGAAGUGGAGAGUGCCAUGAAACCAUAUGAAGAUACAUUUGAGGAUUACCUGGAAAUGGUGAUACAGUUUGGCUACGUCACGCUCUUCUCUCCAGCAUUCCCCAUGGCAGCCAUGUGUGCUCUCCUCAACAAUGUGAUAGAAAUACGCAGCGAUGCCUUCAAACUCUGUGUGACUUUUCAACGACCUUUUGGUCAGCGUGUAGAAAGCAUCGGCACCUGGCAGGAUGCUCUGGAGUUGCUGGGGGUGAUUGCUGUAAUUGUUAACUGUUGUUUGGUGGGGGUGUUUGGACACACCAAGCGCCUGGCCCCGGAACUGGACGAGUCUUACAUCUUCAUCCUUAUCAUUGUAUUAGAGCAUGCCAUCUUGUUCCUGAAGUUUGGUGUGGCGUAUGCGAUCCCUGACAUUCCAGAGGGUGUGGCUAUGCAAAUGGCACGUUUGGAAUUCCUGAGACGAGAGGCAUUGAAGAAAUUGGAAUCCAAGACUCAGCCCACCAAAACCCCACCUAACAGUCCCUCGCCACCGCCAAACUCCCCUACUCUGGGUACUGUUGGGGAUAACUCUGUGAUAUCCAGCCAUACAAAUCAACAUUCAGACUCAAGAAAUGAGGACAGUAGCCCUGAUGGACGUUCAGGCUAUGUUCCUCAGGGGUUCAAAUCUUCAGCCCAUGCAAAGCCAACUUCAGGCAGCCCCAGAUAUUCAAGGGAGACAACUCCUCAGCCAGUUUCCUCUCCAAGGGCAGGUAAUUCACAGCUGCUGGAUGAGGAUGUAUCGUCAGCCAUUUCGAACCUGAAAACUAGUAGCACUAGUACCAGUGUGGCUAACCCUUCGUACAGGCCAUAUAAGUCUACCUCAAGUCACGUGAUUCAGCGAAAAGUUGCACAUGAGUCAUACGCAGCAGUUGUGAAGGAGAAGAUCCCUGAACCAGUGCACUCGCCAGACAGGCAAUCCCCCAAACACAACCAACAACAACAAACUCCAAGAUCUGAUUUGUGAAAUCCUCUAGUGGUAGAUGCUUAUUAUGAAUCUUUGACAGUAAAGCUGACAGAUUUGAUAUGCUGAAUAUACCUAACUAGUUUUAAGACCGCCAUAUUUUUCAGUGUCAUUACUGAAGUUUUACAAUUUUACUUUUUCAUGAAACAUUUUUUUACAAUGUUUCAUUUAAGUCUCUAUACUGUGGUGUUUGGUGUUUUAGUGUACCUUUAUAAAAUUUGCACGACUGAUUUUAAGUAGGAGCUUUUAUUGAAAACAGAGGAGUUAUUCAUUUGAAAUGUUUGACACGUUAGUCAUGACAGCAGUGAGAGAAAAAUCAAACCUUUACAGAAAUUACCAUUGUCAGAUUAGGUCAUGUCUCUUAAGCUGAAGAUGUAAACUACAGCCAGAUGUUCUUGAAUGAAGUUUUGAAAAGUGCUACCCACAGAGCAGUGGGGUUAUCAAAAAGGUGCAGUACAUGUUCAUUUGUCCAGGAAGAGCAGCUUCAUCUUUGCUGUAUAUAUAGUUAAAUAGUGAAAUACUAGACACUAAAUUACUAUUCUUGUUAUGUGUUAUAUCUGAUUGUAAAUGGUAAGUUGUUGGCAUUUUCAUAUCCAUAGUUGAAAUAGCGAUGGAUAUCAAUAUUGAGAAGCUACAUGUAUGAAAGAUUAUAUUCUUUAUGAUGAAUUAUAUAGACAUAUUAUAGUGAAAAUCUUGGUCUUUAUUAAUAUUUUUCAAAAUGUGACGCAGUCUUCCCCCAAGGCUUCAGACACUCCCGCAAGACUCACACACAGGACAUGGACAGUAGAAAACAAGGAACUUACUGCAAUGCUUGUGGCAAUGUUUCACAUUGUGUAAACACAUGGUAUAAAAUACUGACGUGUUUUUGUACUCCUACUCCUCACAUGAUGAGACUAUUUCCUGUCCCUUGUGACUGGGAGCAACUGGAGUUUGGCGACUGGAAGCAACCAGGAGCAUCCAGUCAGGUGCAGCUGAUGCAGCAGUUGCUUGGAGGUAAACAUGUUCUACUAAACAUCCAGUUGUGUCCAGCUCCUUCGAUCCAUCGUUGCUUCAGUUGGUCAUAGUUGCUCAUAAUCGCAAGGUUAUGUCAGACUUUUCAAUAUACAUGUAAGCAUUAGGCAUAGGUUGACUUUGUUGAGUUGCACAAGUCAACAUAUGCCUGACUCAAUGCAUUGAACUUUGCAAUGAACAUCUGUAUAUCAGUGAAAUUCAAGUUAUUACAAGAAUACUUAUUUAUUUAAAUCUCAUAUCAAAUUUGACAGAUGGGACUGGUUUACUUAUGACAUGUUCCAAUAACACACUUAAUCCCGUUAUAACAAAAGGCAUAGUUCACUUUUGUCUGUUUUAUUGUAAGUUUGGUCUCAUAUCUUGUAAUUUUACCUGUGAAAGUUGGGGGGACUGUUUAUACAUACAUUUAAUAUUCAACUUUUAGUUUGUGUUUGUAAAUGUUUGAAUGGUUUACACUUUUAUGCCACCCGUGGUAAUGGUUGAUAACUUAUCUGAACUACUUGCUCAAGACUGUCUAAUAUUUUACAUGUAGUGUAUGUACAUAUAUAUGUGUUCUCUGGAAUUGUCACUACAUCUUGAAUUAUCUAUUUUUUACACACAGUGGUUGUAAGUUUAUAGUGUUAUUAUUUGAUAUCUUCUGUGGAAAUCGAGUAAAUAUAUGUAUAAUAAUGUUAUCUGAACUCCUGAGGUCAAGAGGUUUUAUUGAAAGGGAAUUAGUUGUAGGCCUACAUAGUAUACUAGUAUGUAUGUUUAAAUUCUAUGCAUAUACGGUGUUGUCUAUACACAUUGUCUGAUUACAAUGUCCUUACACUAUGGUGCUGCCACUUGAAUCUAGUGCAGAACUUGUUCCUAUGUUUUUUCCAAGUUUUUGCUUCUUACUUCCGUCUACUUUUAGGAGACAGCCUGAUGUGAGUUGGCACAAAUCUGUAACAUAUGUUUGGUGUUUAUCUAGAUCGAUAUCCAAAUCUAGGAAUUUUUUAAGCAGUUCUUCAGCUUUGACAGAUAUAUCCAGCAUAUUAAAGGAGAAGAAAACUUAAAAACAGGACAAUAUAGGCUGAAAAGAGCACAUUUUUUUUCUGUCUGGUAGUACCUGCUGCAUAACUUUGCGAUUUUUCCUUGCCAUACAUGUAAAGCCUGAAAACGGCAAAGCUGGCAUAAAUCGCUGAGUCCAUGGCGUCCUCCAUCUUUAACACCUUGUAAUUUAUGCUGGGGAUGUGUUGCCUCUCAGCCAAUGACAGUUGUUAAAAUUGCCGGCUUGUUCGUUCAAACUCAAAACCUACAUCCAACAUUCUGUCUUCCCGAUUGUCAAGCGGAAAACGAACUGUAUUGUUCGCUACCUUCUGGGAAGAAGAUUUCUACCGGAAAUAUACAAACUGCACUUUGGUGGUUUCCGACAGCAAUUCUCCUCCUGACACAGAAGACUUCAGGACUAGUUCUUAGGCAGAAGGGAGUCACACACAGGGGAUUUUGGCGUUGACUUUAUUUAUAAUUUAUCAACUUGAUGUACAUAUUAGAAUUUUUGUUAUGGCAUGCACCUGCGAGGAAAUACAUACUUUUUUCAAUGGUAUUUGAUUGAUAUUUAAAUUUUCUUCUCCUUUAAGUGUGUAAAAUAUCUGAGCAUUUACAGUGGUGUAAUGCAUAUCUAGAAAUCUACCCUAAUUCCUCAACCUUUUCGCAUAUGAAAGAUCAACUUUCAUUGCAAUUUAUGCACCUUUUUCACUUGACUGUAGAGACUAAACUAUGUUGAUUGUGUCGGUCAGCUUCAGGGCUUUACAAAAAGUAUAACACAGUAUAAUGCGCUCAGAAUUGGCUUAAAUAAAUACCUUGCAAACAUGCGAAAAAGUUGAAGAAUUACAGUACAUAUCAGUAAGAGCAAUUUGAGACCCUUUCAUAUCUAAAGUAGGCCUAAUUUGAGCUGUGUUGUCUGUUGUUCAUUUCUGCCAUUGCAUUGCAAUAUAACAAUGAACAAUUCAGCUCGUGCCCGAGUCGCAAUAGACCUUAAUUAAUUCUUCCUAUUUUGCGGCCAUCUGACAUUCUGCAGUCUGGAUUGCAUUGAAAUGUUGAUGCGACGUAAUGUCACAAAGAGUGUGGCAUCAUCACAUAUGUACUGUUACGUGAUUACGUUGCUGAUGCUAUGACGCUGCAGAGUCUGGAUCUUGUAGAACAAAAUUGGAAACAUGAAAAUAAUCUAUUGUGUGGGAAGCAGUACCCCAUUCUUCACGAGAACAAACUUAUGUUGUGCAUAAUCAGUAUGCAAAGGAAAAAAAUAUGCUUUUCUUGAUCUCCAUGUUAAUUUUUGUGUAUUUUUAUGAAGUAUUAUUUUACAAUAUUCUAGUGAGAUAAUCAUAUUGAAUGUACAUUGUAUUGUAUUUGCCUAGGAACAAAUCCAGAAUGGAAAUUACAUAAUAGUACAGUAGAUUAAAAUGUGAAAGUUAAGAAUUUUUCUAAAAGCUUAAUCAAAUGGUGCUUUAUAUAGAAUCAAUACUUUAUGAGGCAUAAAUUUGGAAAUUAAUUUCCUUAUAUUUGAUUUAUAAAAAAAUGUGGUGACUACAAAAUAGGUUUUUAUUAGGCCUACAUGUAUAUGUACCAAGAGUUUUAUUAAUGGAAGACCUGCUGUAUGUUUCAGGGUACAGGAGUAAAUCUGAUAACUAAUUGUGCAGAUGUGAUAGAGGAUGUUUGUUUUAAGUUAUAGUGCUUAUAAAGCUUGUAUUAGUUAACUUGACAUCAAACAGACUGAAACUGUACAGAAAUACAUAUAUACAUAUGGCAUACGGUAAUUGCAAAGUUAACAGUGAAAACAGUGUAGAGCAAAUUUAAACCUAAUUUUUUCAUUGCGUUAUACCGAAAUAUAUUUUCAUCUUUAUGAAUCGCGUAAUACUGCCUUGAGUUAAAAGUG